AUUUCUCAGUACGCGGAGUGCGGCUCGGCCGCGCGCACGCCGGGUAUCCAGGCCGAGCCGGGAACGUCGAGAGCAUGGCGGUCGCGGGCGCAAAGCGGCGCGCGGUUGCGGCCCCGGCGACGGCGGCGGCGGAGGAGGAGCGGCAGGCGCGGGAGAAGAUGCUGGAGGCGCGGCGCGGGGACGGCGCGGACCCGGAGGGCGAAGGCGUGACCCUGCAGCGCAAUAUCACGCUGCUCAAUGGUGUGGCCAUCAUCGUGGGCACCAUCAUCGGCUCGGGCAUCUUCGUGACGCCCACCGGUGUGCUCAAGGAAGCGGGCUCGCCCGGACUAUCGCUCGUGGUGUGGGCUGUAUGCGGCGUCUUCUCCAUCGUGGGCGCACUCUGCUACGCGGAGCUGGGCACCACCAUCUCCAAGUCAGGCGGCGACUACGCCUACAUGCUGGAGGUCUACGGCUCGCUGCCCGCCUUCCUCAAGCUCUGGAUCGAGCUGCUCAUCAUUCGGCCCUCCUCACAGUACAUCGUGGCGCUGGUCUUCGCCACCUACCUGCUCAAGCCGGUCUUCCCCACUUGUCCGGUGCCCGAGGAGGCUGCCAAGCUCGUGGCCUGCCUCUGCGUGCUGCUACUCACGGCUGUGAACUGCUACAGUGUGAAGGCUGCCACCCGUGUGCAGGAUGCCUUCGCGGCUGCCAAGCUGCUGGCCCUGGCCCUCAUCAUCCUGCUCGGCUUCAUCCAGAUGGGAAAGGAUAUGGGACAAGGUGAUACGUCCAUCCUGCAACAGAAGUUGUCCUUUGAAGGCACUAAUCUGGACGUGGGGAACAUUGUGUUGGCGUUGUACAGUGGCCUCUUCGCCUACGGAGGCUGGAACUAUCUGAAUUUUGUCACGGAGGAGAUGAUCAACCCCUACAGGAACCUACCCCUGGCUAUCAUCAUCUCCUUGCCCAUUGUCACAUUGGUCUAUGUGCUGACAAACCUGGCCUACUUCACUACCCUGUCUACCAGCCAGAUGCUGACAUCUGAAGCUGUGGCUGUGGAUUUUGGGAACUACCACCUGGGAGUCAUGUCCUGGAUCAUUCCUGUCUUUGUGGGCUUGUCUUGCUUCGGCUCUGUCAAUGGGUCUCUGUUCACGUCCUCGAGACUGUUCUUCGUGGGAUCCAGGGAGGGCCACCUGCCUUCUGUUCUCUCCAUGAUCCACCCACAGCUCCUGACACCUGUGCCGUCACUGGUGUUCACGUGUGUUAUGACCCUGAUGUACGCCUUCUCCAGAGACAUCUUCUCCAUCAUCAACUUCUUCAGCUUCUUCAACUGGCUGUGUGUGGCCCUGGCGAUCAUUGGCAUGAUGUGGCUGCGCUUCAAGAAGCCUGAGCUGGAGCGUCCCAUCAAGGUGAAUCUGGCCCUCCCGGUGUUCUUUAUCCUGGCCUGCCUCUUCCUCAUUGCCGUGUCAUUCUGGAAGACACCCAUAGAGUGUGGUAUUGGCUUUGCCAUCAUCCUCAGCGGGCUGCCUGUCUACUUCUUUGGUGUCUGGUGGAAGAACAAGCCUAAGUGGAUUCUGCAGGCCAUCUUCUCUGUGACAGUGCUCUGCCAGAAGCUGAUGCAGGUGGUACCUCAGGAGACUUAGCCACAAGUCCUGGGUGCCGCAGGAAGAGUGCACUGUGACUGCUUCCAGACAACUCACCUUCAGAAGAACAGCAUCCAGGCCUGUCAUCCCCACAGCUCCAGUGAGCACCACCCACUGUCUAACACCAUCCGCUGCCCCUCAGGUCAGGGGACCACAGUGGCUGUGAAAGAAAACUGGUACGAGUUUGUCCCAGAAGGUGACUGUCCAUGCAUACAUGGCACCCGAUGUGAGGCCUGUGUGCUGUGUCCUGAGGCCUGGACUUGCUGACUUUCUGGGGACUGCCACAUCUGGGCUUUCUCCCCUCUGAUUUUUUGUUGUUUUUCUAGUGUGCAUUGGGUCAAGUUUACACUACCGAGAUGAUUAUUUUUUAACAAAACAGGGUAGCAGGGAGCAGGAGAUGGCGUGGCCAAACAGUCCAGCUGAGUGUGGGGACCCGUGGCCACAGCUCCUCUCCAAAGGCUGUCUGUUGUUCAGAGCACAAUGUGCCUCAAGGGGACCACAUCACUGUCACCGGGUGGAAAGAACUACUGAGACUCCGACAUCACCUGUUCCACCGUGGACUUGGACUGACAGAUGGACAAUGCAUAUGCUAGCUUGGGUUUUAGUUUUGGGGUCCUAGAGAUGGAACCCCAACCUUACUCCUGAGGCAGAGCUCUGCGUGGGUCACUUGCUACGUUGUAGAUGUAGAGCUCAGGUCUGGCCACCCUGCAGUCCUGGGUCCCCUCCCCUGGCCCCAUAGGAAAGAUCUCUGCAGCCGUAACCCUAACAGCACUGGGCUGCCAACUGUCAGCUCCAGGGCCGUUCACUCCGCACACAGGCGGACUCUGGCUCUCACAGGCACAGCACUCCCUACCUGGCCCCAGCUCCAUUGUUCCUGAGAGUGCUAGCAACAUUCUGUCAAGUUACCACCAUGCCCUGUCAGCCCCCUCCCCCCCGCCCCCCAUGGCCAUUGUUCAGAAGAACAGGCACCAAGCACCACUCUGCUCUCUGCCACCUGUGUGGUGCGACCACUCCAGCUCCCUCAGUAUGAAAGCUGCUGCCUGCAUGUGUGGGACCAUUCUGCAGGCUUCCCGUUCUGUUCUGGGGGAGACCGUUGAGUCCAGCCAGCACAUCUCUGAAGCAGUUGAUCUGUUGGAGGACUUCAGGCUAUAAGGAGCCCUGCUGGCCCCGGCCAUUGCCUCAGAUCAUGGCCUCUCUGAAGGAGGUGUCAGCUGGAGUGGCUACUAUGCAGUUCUUAGAUGGUGGUGACUUUUACCACUGGCCAUCCUGAUGUCUCCUCUCUGCUUCUGGGGUUCCCUUUCAUUGAGGUAAGGCAGAGGUCAAGGUCAGAGUGCCUCUUGAAGGCUCUCCCAGAAAUCUGAACUGGGGCCUCUUCCUGGAAAUCAGGGCAGGUACCCAGUUCCAUCCUGGGGUCUAUCCUCAGACAAAGCCUGGGUUCAAAGGGCAGGGAUUCUUGGCCAUGUUCAUGGUGCUGACCCAGGCCCUCUGAGAAGGCUCUGCCAUUCCUAUUUGCAAUGUGUGAGGACGCCCAUCUGUAGGUUUUGUUUUUAAAUCACGCCCCAACCACAGCCAUUUCGCCCAGUGCUUUGCAUUUUUGGUUUUGUCCUAAUGUCACUGCCCUGAAGGACAACCUGCCUGGCCCCUGUCAGUGGUUAGUGUCUGAGUGAUGUGUCAGGCUGUGUUCCCACCACACUGGGUCCGUCUGCUGUGUCACCUGCAUUAGUGCUGUGUUGUAAUGUCUUUUACUAUUAAUGGCUAGCCUGUUACAUUAGACUUGGGGGGCGGGGUACAGGGGUCUGCUGUUUUGUGAGGCUUUUUGUUUUUAGGGGGUUGAAUUGUUUUUUUUAAAGCUAUUGGAAUUCUAAGCUGCUAACUGUGCUCUGUGUUCAAUGCCAAAUCCCCUGUGUAAGAACUGCCUU